AUGGAGCGGUGCGGCCGCCUCCUCCUGCUCCUGCCGCUGGUGCUGGGGCUGAGCGGGGCCCCGGCCCGGGCAGGUGCGCCCCCCGUGGAUGUGCUCCGGGCCCUGCGCUUCCCCUCCCUCCCUGAUGGUGUCCGGAGGGCGAGAGGCGUGUGUCCCGCUGACGUGGCCUACCGAGUGUCUCGACCUGCUCAGCUCAGCGCUCCCACCCGCCAGCUCUUCCCAGGAGGUUUUCCCAAAGAUUUCUCUCUGUUGGCUGUGGUCCGGACGCGCCCUGGCCUCCAGGCUCCCCUCCUGACGCUCUAUAGCGCCCAGGGCGUCCGGCAGCUGGGCCUGGAGCUCGGCCGGCCCAUCCGCUUCCUGUAUGAGGACCAGACUGGCCGGCCUCGGCCUCCAGCUCAGCCCGUCUUCAGAGGCCUCAACCUAGCAGAUGGCAAGUGGCACCGUGUGGGUGUGGCUGUGAAGGGCCAGUCUGUCACCCUCAUUGUUGACUGCAAGAAGCGAGUCACCCGGCCCCUCCCCCGAAGUGCUCGCCCGGUGCUGGACACCCAUGGCGUGGUCAUCUUUGGAGCCCGCAUCCUGGAUGAAGAAGUCUUUGAGGGUGACAUCCAAGAGCUUGUCAUUGCUCCGGGGGUGCAAGCUGCCUAUGGAUCCUGUGAACAGAAGGAGCUGGAGUGUGAGCGGGACUGGAGGGAGAGGCCUCAGAAACAACAGUCUCACCGAGCACAGAGGUCUCCAAAGCAGCCAUCAGCGAGACUUCACAGGCCCCAAAACCAGGAGCCCCAGAGACAGUACCCCACCCCAGGAGAAGAGGAAGGAAUCCUGGAGUCCAGCCCCUUGCCACCCCCUGAGGAGGCUGCCCAUGGACCCCGGGGGCUGAAGGGAGAGAAGGGGGAGCCUGCAGUUCUGGAACCUGGAAUGCUAGUGGAGGGGCCUCCUGGCCCAGAAGGCCCUGCGGGACUGACUGGUCCCCCUGGCAUCCAGGGCAACCCAGGCCCAGUCGGAGACCCUGGCGAGAGGGGUCCUCCCGGCCGGGCAGGGCUCCCUGGAUCAGAUGGGGCACCUGGCCCUCCCGGCACAUCCCUCAUGCUCCCGUUCCGGUUUGGCAGUGGCGGGGGUGACAAGGGCCCUGUGGUGGCCGCCCAGGAGGCUCAGGCCCAGGCGAUCCUGCAGCAGGCGCGGAUGGCGCUCCGUGGACCCCCUGGACCCAUGGGAUACACAGGUCGCCCUGGACCUUUGGGACAACCUGGGAGCCCUGGUCUGAAGGGAGAGUCUGGAGACCUCGGACCUCAGGGCCCCAGGGGACCUCAGGGCCUCACCGGGCCUCCCGGCAAGGCUGGGCGAAGGGGCCGGGCGGGUGCUGACGGAGCCCGAGGGAUGCCUGGAGAACCUGGCGUGAAGGGUGACCGAGGCUUCGAUGGGCUCCCAGGCCUUCCCGGCGAGAAGGGGCGCCGGGGCGAGACUGGUGCCCACGGCCUCCCCGGGCCCCCUGGCGAGGACGGAGAGCGGGGGGACGACGGGGAGAUCGGGCCUCGGGGGCUGCCUGGAGAGUCGGGGCCUCGAGGUCUCCUUGGCCCUAAAGGCCCGCCUGGUAUUCCUGGCCCCCCGGGUGUGCGCGGCAUGGACGGUCCCCACGGCCCCAAAGGGAGCUUGGGACCCCAAGGGGAGCCAGGGCCUCCCGGACAGCAGGGAACGCCUGGCACCCAGGGUCUCCCGGGGCCUCAGGGUGCGAUCGGCCCUCACGGCGAGAAGGGCCCCCUCGGGAAGCCAGGGCUCCCCGGCAUGCCUGGCUCCGAUGGACUCCCGGGCCACCCUGGGAAGGAAGGCCCCCCAGGAACCAAAGGAAACCAGGGCCCCUCUGGACCUCAGGGUCCUCUCGGGUACCCCGGACCCCGAGGUGUCAAGGGUGUGGACGGAAUUCGGGGCCUGAAGGGUCAUAAGGGUGAAAAGGGCGACGAUGGCUUUCCUGGGUUCAAAGGUGACAUGGGUGUGAAAGGUGACAGGGGCGAGGCUGGAGUCCCUGGUUCCAGAGGAGAGGAUGGUCCCGAGGGGCCGAAGGGCCGCACUGGGCCCACCGGAGACCCUGGGCCCACGGGGCUCGUGGGCGAGAAGGGCAAGCUGGGAGUUCCUGGUCUGCCUGGCUACCCUGGACGCCAGGGCCCCAAGGGGUCCCUCGGAUUUCCUGGCUUCCCCGGAGCUGGAGGAGAGAAGGGAGCCCGGGGCCUGUCCGGGAAGUCAGGGCCGCGGGGAGAGCGGGGCCCCACGGGUCCGCGGGGCCAGCGGGGGCCCCGGGGCGCCACUGGGAAGUCCGGAGCUAAGGGAACGUCGGGCGGCGACGGCCCCCACGGGCCGCCCGGAGAGAGGGGCCUCCCCGGCCCUCAGGGCCCCAACGGGUUUCCUGGCCCCAAAGGACCGCCGGGCCCCCCCGGGAAGGACGGGCUGCCGGGCCACCCGGGCCAGAGAGGAGAAGUGGGCUUCCAAGGCAAGACCGGCCCGCCUGGGCCCCCGGGGGUGGUGGGCCCGCAGGGACCACCUGGCCCUCCAGGACCUCGAGGCCCCGCUGGACCCAACGGAGCUGAUGGUCCUCAAGGCCCCCCCGGAGGCGUGGGGAACCUGGGCCCCCCGGGAGAGAAGGGGGAGCCAGGAGAUUCAGGAUCCCCCGGGGUCCAGGGGGAGCCAGGCGCCAAGGGCCCUCGCGGGGAGCGCGGGGAGAAGGGCGAGUCCGGGCAGCCGGGAGAGGCCGGGCCACCCGGGCCCAAAGGCCCCACCGGGGACGACGGCCCCAAGGGGAACCCGGGCCCUGUCGGCUUUCCCGGUGACCCUGGCCCUCCCGGAGAAGGUGGCCCUCGCGGCCAGGAUGGGGCGAAGGGUGACCGCGGAGAGGACGGCGAGCAGGGGCAGCCGGGGUCCCCUGGUCCCACUGGGGAGAAUGGACCCCCCGGGCCACUCGGAAAGCGGGGCCCUGCCGGCACGCCUGGUCCCGAGGGGCGCCAAGGAGAGAAGGGAGCCAAGGGGGAUCCGGGCGCGGUGGGGGCCCCGGGGAAGACGGGCCCCGUGGGUCCCGCAGGCCCAGCAGGAAAGCCCGGUCCCGAUGGCCUGAGGGGGCUCCCGGGCUCAGUGGGCCAGCAAGGUCGUCCUGGGGCCACGGGCCAGGCUGGGCCCCCGGGUCCUGUGGGCCCCCCGGGGCUCCCUGGCCUCCGCGGUGAUGCUGGGGCCAAAGGAGAGAAGGGCCACCCAGGUCUCAUCGGGCUGAUCGGGCCCCCUGGGGAGCAGGGGGAGAAGGGGGACCGGGGGCUCCCUGGCCCGCAGGGCUCCGCCGGACAGAAGGGGGAGACGGGCAUCCCCGGAGCCUCUGGCCCCAUCGGUCCCGGAGGUCCCCCUGGCCUCACUGGACCCGCCGGCCCCAAAGGCGCCAAAGGAGCCACAGGCCCAGCAGGACCCAAGGGGGAGAAGGGCGUCCAGGGCCCUCCGGGACACCCGGGCCCCCCAGGCGAGGUGAUCCAGCCCCUGCCCAUCCAGAUGCCCAAGAAGACUCGGCGCUCCGUGGACGGCAGCCGCCUGAUGCAAGAAGACGCGGCCGAGCCGACCGGGGGCGCGCCGGGCAGCCCCGCGGGGCUGGAGGAGGUCCUCGGCUCCCUGGACUCCCUGCGGGAGGAGAUCGAGCAGAUGAGGCGGCCGACAGGCACCCAGGACAGCCCUGGCCGCACCUGCCAGGACCUGAAGCUCUGCCACCCAGAGCUGCCCGAUGGAGAGUACUGGGUGGACCCUAACCAGGGCUGCGCCCGCGAUGCCUUCCGGGUGUUCUGCAACUUCACGGCGGGCGGGGAGACGUGCGUGCAGCCGCGGGACGAUGUCACUCAGUUCUCCUACGUGGACUCGGAGGGCUCCCCCGUGGGCGUGGUCCAGCUCACCUUCCUGCGGCUGCUCAGCGUCUCCGCCCACCAGGACAUCUCGUACCCGUGCUCCGGGCCGGCCCGCGACGGCCCCCUGAAGCUCCGGGGGGCCAACGAGGACGAGCUGAGCCCUGACACCAGCCCCUACGUCAAGGAGUUCACGGGCGGCUGUCAGACACAGCAAGGCCGGACGGUGCUGGAGGUGCGGACCCCUGUUCUGGAGCAGCUGCCCGUGCUGGACGCCUCCUUCUCGGACCGGGGGGCCCCCCCGCGGCGGGGCGGGGUGCUGCUGGGGCCUGUCUGCUUCAUGGGCUAG